AAAGAGAUAGCAUUUAAUCCAGCAAUAUGAUUUUCAGAUAAAUACAUGAAUGUUUUCCAGUUGAAUUGCAAAUCCAAUAUGGAUCUAGGUUCUUAACCAUGACUGCUAUUGAAAGAAAAUGCUCAGCACUCCACAUUCCCAACCAGACAUCGCUAAACGACGAAUUACUUCUGCCUCAAAGCCGGUGAAAUGGAACAAGCAUUCAAUCGAGAAAGAUGAGCUGCUUAUAGCUGAGGUAGAGAAACACCCAUUUCUCUACGAAAAACACAAAAGCUACAACCACACCAUGAGGCAAGAGGGAUGGGAAGAAAUCGGUGCCAUAUUGGGCAUCUCAGACCUAGACGCUAAGCUUCGGUGGAUAAAUAUCCGAGAUUGCUUCAGUAGAUGCCUCAAGAAGAAGAAGGCGGAUCCCAGAGGAGACAGCUCCUAUCGCUAUCACUACAAGUACGCCAGCCAGCUAGAGUUCAUGCUUCCACACCUCGCCCAUGGCGAGUCUUCGGUGACGGAAGACGGAGAGCAACAUUUCAAAGACGACGGAGAGGGAAGCGAAGUCGACGAUGAUUACCCCCACCCCACCCAGAUUCUGUCUGCCACGCCCGUCCCUUACCACCAUGUACCCGACAAGAGGAGAAAGCUCCCAGAUCAGGACGAAAAGGAAACGAUGGGAUACCUAUUCUCAAACAACAGUGCCCCGCGAGAGGAUGCAUUAGACACCUUUUUCAAGUCGAUCUGUUCGACAGUGAGGACACUUCCGCCCAUAGCCCAGGCCCAGCUGCGAUUUCAAAUCACGGAACUGGUCUUCAAGUCUGAAAUGAACUACCUGACAAAUGACAAUGAAAAUGACAUUGGUCUUUCAGUCUGAAAUGAACUACUAGUACCUGACAAAUGAAAAUGAUAAAGACAAUUGAUGAUGUAUUUUUUGUUGAAGGAACUGCUUUCUAUAUUUGUGACUGUACCAUAGUAAUGUGAUAGUAUCGACCAUGCAGGAAGAGAAAUACCAAGGGUUGAUAUCUUCCCCCUCUUCUUCCUCACUUCCUCCUCUUUCCCUCUCCUCUCCUCUCCCUACCCCCUCCCCCUCCCCUCCCCUCUUCUC